UGCACUGUUACCGCUGGAUCUGUCUGCGCUCCGGCCUCGGCCCGCUUCACCUUCACGGAGAGCAGCGCUGUGGGAGCUUAUACACGGAAAUACUACCAUUUCGGGCAUUUUGGGGAUGAAAAACUCUGAUUUAGGCUUUCAGGGCUUACUAGUGUUCCCGGAGUUUUCUGAGAGCGCGGUGUUUUCUCUCCUUACAGGCAGAGGCAGUUAUAAAGCGUUGUUAGAUCUAGAACAGCACGUUUUUCAUCUUAACGAAUUAUAAAACACUGGGCUGCAUUUCACUGGAAGCUGUGCUGCACAUCUGCUGCCCUCACUUGGACACUCAGCAUGUUUGCGCAUGGUGUGAGCUCUGAUGUCCCGCAGUGGACGAGUUAGCAGAGUUCUUCUUGAUCGCCCGUCACACUGAGACAACUUGAUGAAGACCAGAUAUUUGGGACUGUGAACUUAUUCAGCAUCAUCUGAUGUGGGUUCACACCACACUCUCAUAACUACAUAACGAAUCCCGCUGUGUUAGAACCCUCCUGCAGCGUCUUCAUCACCACGUGAGACUUCCUCGUGGUUCUCCAUCAUGGACUUCCUGCAGAUGAAACACCUGAAGCGGAAGCGGAAGAGUAACUACAGUGUGCGGGAGACGCAGACGCUGAUCCGGGAGAUCCAGCGCCGGCGGGACGUCCUGUUCUCACGGCAGCAGAACACGGCGGUGAACGAGCUGAAGCGGCGUGCCUGGGAGGAGGUGGCAGAGUGCGUGAAUGCGCUGGGUGAGGGCGAGGUGCGCACGGCUGGAGAGGUCAAGCGCCGGUACCUGGACUGGCGCACGCUGAUGAAGCGGAAGCAGCUGCGGGCACAGCUGGCUGCUGGACUUCAGCUGGACUACGACCCGCCCUGUUCGCCCGACAACGAGGGCUCGCUUGGUGGAGAACUGCCGCAGGACCCAGCCGGCUUUCAGAAAGAUCAGGGAUACUGGCAGGACCUGCCAGACCUCGGGGAGAACAGCGUUCACUGUGGGGUCAAAUUGGAGGACACAGAGGGUAGUGGAUAUAACCUGGACGGCGGAGUCUGCGACAGUGUUCCAGGUGAGGUAGAAGGUGAGGGUGAUGAAGAUGACGAAGACUGCUUCCCGUCUAUCCUGCAGGAUGUGGACAGAGAAGGAACCAUCCCUGAAGACUUUGCCCACAUUGAUGAGUUUGGUGUGCUGAGCUGCUCUAAAGCUCCCACUGGACCGUCGCUGGCUCGAGACCUGGGCCCCGACACACCUGGCGCACCUGAAGUGGGUGGGGCCACGCCAGGCCCGUCUGCAGGAGACAGCACAGGCCUCCUGGUGGCGCUGGAGAGGCAGCGUCUGGAGCUGGAGAAGCAGCGUCUGCAGGUGGAGUCGGAGCGGCUGCAGGUGGAGAAGGAGCGCCUCCAGGUAGAGAAGAAGCGGCUGUGCCAGGCCGAGAUGGAACGAGAGCGCCUCCAGCUGGAGAAAGAGCGCCUAGACUUGGAGAGGGAGAGACUCCGCCUGCUUGUGCACCAGUCAGCGCUGCCGCAGCAAAGCCCUGCCUCCUCCACCACCACAGCCACGCCCACCACCUCUUCCGCCCCGUCUUCGUCGUCUUCCAUGGAUGUGGAAAAGGACAGGAAGCCCUCCUGGCCAGUGUGGACGGAUCUGGAAGCAGAGAAGCUGAAGCUGGAGAAAGAACGCCUCCUGCUGGAGAAAGAGAGACUGCAGUUCUUCAGGUUCGAGUCAGGCCGGCUGCAGAUUGAGCGAGAGCGCCUCCAGGUGGAGAAGGAGAGGCUGCAGCUGCACAAGGACGGACAGCAGAUGGCGCUGCACUCGUGAAUUGUAGAACUGCUGCUUGUGGAGAUCUAGCAACCUGUUUGUAAAACACCGGAGCAGGUUAACAGAUUCUUCAGGAGGGUCUGAACUGUAGAGCCAGGUGUGUUAGACUAAAGGAGACAACAGCACAAACUGCUACUUUUCAGUGUCCUUAAAGCGAUAAUUUGACAAAUAAUCCAGCUCCCUCUGUUUACCCCCAAAUAUAGUCGAUCCACCACAUUUGGUGUCUGAAGUUUGCUUCUGUACUUUUGGCACUGGAGCUAUGAGGCUAAUGUAGCUAACAAGAAGCUUAUGUACACCAUUUGGCUGAUCAAGAGCGACUUACAAUUUGAUCAUUUUACACAGGUAGGCCAAGGCGGUGUUAGGAGUCUUGCCCAAGGACUCUUAUUGGUAUAGUGUUGGGUGUUUUGCCCAGGUGGGGCUUGAACCCCAGUCUACAGUGUAGAAGGCAGAGGUGUUAACCACUACACUAUCCCAACCACCACAGUUAGCACCACUUAGCACCAGUUAGUAUGGUGCUAACUGUAAACCUAAAUCAUCACACACUCCCCUCAAACUGUGUGGAAGUGUUCAGUAUCUCUAACAGACUUCAUUAUGUGGUUUCUGACACUGUAUGAGUUUUGAUUCCAAACUGGCCCGAAACACCUUUGAAUGUUUUGUGUCUGAAGCCCAACCAGGGAAUGACAGAAUUCUAUCCGAACCACAUUAGCCAGCUUCUUUGUCUGUCCAACCUGAGUACAAGAAAAGUUCUGGUUGGACCCAAACCGACCCGAACCACAUUGUUGCACUUUAAGUCAGAACUCGACCCGAGUACAACAGAACUCUAUCCAAAACCCACCUGACCUGAACCCGCCCGAGCACAACAGAGUUCGAUCCGGUUCUAACUCGAGCAGAAGCACAUCAUCAUGUUUUGAGACUAGUCGGAUUCGACCUGAGCACAUCAUGCUUUGAGUCUGAACCUGACAAGAACCACAUCAUCCUUUAAGACCAAACCCGACCAGAACCACGUCAUCAUGUUUUGCAUUCAAACCACGUUGACAUGCUUUAAGUCCAUACCUGACCGGAACCAUGUCAUCAUUUAGAGUAGAGAGAAGUGUUGUGUCGAAACCAGACCAGGUGAUGAUCCAAAUCCAACCCAACCACAAACCAUAUCGUUUAAAAUCCAAACCCAAUCCGACCGCGACAGAAUUCUAUCACAUCCCUAUCCAACUACAUCAUUAUGCUCCAAGUCAGACCCUACCUGAGUAUGAAUUCUGUCUGAAACUGACCAGAACCACAUCACCCUAACAGUAAUAGCCAUCAUCAGAUCACCGACAAAUAAAAUAAAAGUACUAUUAAAUACCGAUACAAUCAAAUAGUAAUCUUUUGUCCAGAAUGUAUUCAGCUCUUGACUGAACAGUCAAACUUUACAGACCAAACAUGCUGAUCGACUGUAUUAGAGCUCAUUAAUUUAUCAGACUAUCACUUCAUCAUCUGGCAGAUGAACAGAGACUGUGGUCCAGAUUUUGUCUGUGUGCUCCGGCGCGGCUGUGGCUCAGCGCCUCAGACAGACAGGGUGCCGGAUGGAGGGAUGAGCUGGAGGACAAAGUAAACCCUCCCUGAGGAUGGAGGGAUUUAAAGAGGUUUAAUGGUGGAGCUCUAGAAGACUCAGUGUGUCUGUACGUGUCGUGAUGGAGUCCCAGUGUUUCUGCGUUCCUGUUGGUCCUAUAGUCGAGUCUCCGGAGUUCCUCUCUCUUCUUCUGUUUUUCCUGUGCUCACAUGUUCUCAGCAGAUGGAAACUUUGUUGUGUGUGUAUCGUGAUAUGAUCUCAGCUAUGCUGUCAGACUGUGUGGACUGCCAGAAAACUCGGAAAUCUCUGCUAGUGUAAACUGUGCCUUAGCUAACUGAGCUAAUCAGGAGCCGCUCGCUCUUAGCUUGUUAUUGUGUGUGUUAGCAGGAACGGAGCGGCUAACUGCGUUAGCAACUUACUCAACUUCACUGUGAAGCUGGUCAGAUUGAGGGACGUGGGGAGUUUUGUGUUGGGUGUGCUGAGGUAUUAUACAGCUUUUACAUGCUGGAUACAUUACAGUUGCUUCAUGGUAGUGUGUGUGCAGCUGUUAAUGUGGUUCUUUGAUAUGAUCUCCUUAGUAGCUCUCAAAUGAGCUAAUUAGCUUAGCUAGUUUGGACUGGCAGAUGAACAGUGUGGUAGCGGUGAGAGGUGGUGCCAACCAAUUACAGGUUGGUCUGUCACAGGCCAACUAAUCACAAGCUAACCAAUGGCAAGUCAACCAGUCACAGGCUAACCUGUGAAGCUAACCAAUCACAGGCAAACCAAUCAGAAAGUAAUGUGUGAAGCAAUCAUCACAGGGCUAACCAAUCACAAGCCAACCAAUCACAGUCUAACCAAUCACAACCAAUCAGUAACCUAGGAAGCUUUGCAAUCCCAGGCUAAUCAAUCACAAGCCAACCAAUCACAGGCUAAUCAGUUUCAAGCCAACCAAUCACAGGAAAACCAAUCAUAAAGUAACCUGUGAGGCCCACCAAUCACAGGCUAAUCUAUCACAAGCCAACCAGUCGCAGACUAACCAAUCUUGGGUUAAUGUGUGAAGCUAACCAAUCACAGGCAAACCAAUCAGAAAGUAAGCUGUGAUGCUACCCAAUCAGAAAGUAACCUGUGAAGCAGUCAUCACAGGGCUGACCAAUCACAAGCCAACCAAUCACAGGCAAACCAAUCGGCAAGGAAUCUAUGAAGCGAACCAAUCACAGGCUAAUCAACCACAAACUAACCAAUCACAGACUAACCAGUCAUAAAGGAAUCUAUGAAGCUAACCCGUUACAGGCUAAUCAACCACAAACUAACCAAUCACAGACUAAUCUAUCACAAGCCAACCAGUCGCAGACUAACCAAUCUUGGGUUAAUGUGUGAAGCUAACCAAUCACAGGCAAACCAAUCAGAAAGUAAGCUGUGAUGCUACCCAAUCAGAAAGUAACCUGUGAAGCAGUCAUCACAGGGCUGACCAAUCACAAGCCAACCAAUCACAGGCAAACCAAUCAGCAAGGAAUCUAUGAAGCGAACCAAUCACAGGCUAAUCAACCACAAACUAACCAAUCACAGACUAACCAGUCAUAAAGGAAUCUGUGAAGCUAACCCGUUACAGGCUAAUCAACCACAAACUAACCAAUCACAGACUAACCAAUCAUAAAGGAAUCUAUGAAGCUAACCAGUCACAGGCUAAUCAACCACAAACUAACCAAUCACAGGCUAGCCAAUUGCAAAGCAACCUGUGACAAUAGCCAAUCACAGGCUAAUCAAUCACAAGCCAAGCAAUUACAGGCUAAUCAGCUACAAGCAAUCAUGGGCUGACUGAAGCUAACCAAUCACAAGCUGAGCAAACAUAAGCUAACCAAUCACAGGAUCCAGGCUAUCAAAGCACAAGCUUUGUGCAGUGGACCGAUCACAAGCAGACCAAUCGGCCUGAUUUACUCAUUUAUGCUUAACUUACUAAUUUAAAAUAAAUCUGAAAGUCUCAGGUGCUUCAUUUUAUAAUUCCCUGAGUGUCCAGGCCAAACAUUCGACGCUGGAAGCUCCAGACAUCACAGUUAAAAUAUAAAAGUGAAGGAAAAAUCAUCAGACAACAAGCAAACAAGCUCAAACUGCGGGUCAUAGUGUCAGCAGUUGUAGUUGAGUGAUGCUGACACCAGGGGGAGCUGCAGUGCCCUCAGCACAGACCCGUCCCACUUCCCUGAUCACAGCAGACUCACACAAAUAUUCCAGUCUGGUUCAGCUUCAUCUGAGCACACGUGUAGCUGAAUGUGAUUAUCGUAUUGAUUAUAGAUCAUUGAGUAAUCUGUCGAUCACGGAGUUCAGUGUGUGUGUUUAUUGUUUCUCUCCCGGCUGACAGUUGGGUCAACGUGCCUCCAAAACAGACUGAACAAUCAUCUGCUCUCAUUUUCAUACAGUUAUUUAUUUUUUUUAAUCUGUAUUUACUUUUUGAUAAGACAUUUUAACUAUGUUAUGUAGAGGAGUUGUGUGAAAGGGGAAUUCCACCACUUUUCCAAAAUUCACCCAUAAUUAAAUGAUUAAGAAACGGUCAUUCAGAGUGGUUUUGGUGUGAAACGCUCUGUUCUAGAUAAACUUACCGA